AUGGCAGCCCCCACCCCCGAGCCGUCCACACCGGACUAUCCAGAUUUCGGCGACCCUGCGGACCCAGCAACUUGGCUCGUUCGUGAGGGUGUUUCUCUUAGUGGUCUCGUCAGUAAACUAGCAUUGACACCGAAGUCAGUGAUGUCCUUGCACGGCCGUGUCGACCCUACAUGUGUAUACACCGCGGUUCCCAGCCCCCGGGGAUUGACAAAAUCCAAGUUCGAGGCGCAAAUCGAAAGUAAAUAUCUUGAGUGGCUUGAGGCGAAGAUAAGAACUGUUUCAGGUCUAGAGAAAUUUCUCUCUGAAUCAACUACUGAUCCUAGUGAGAGAUCUGACCUUGGGACGCAACAAUUCCUUCUGAACCUGUUGAGUGCGGCACUGACCGUACAGGCGAAUGGCAUCUUCCUCUUGGCGCUGAGAUCGGUGGGCCUUCGCUAUGAGGCUGAUAUCUUUGCGGAUCGCCUCGAUCGCUUGGAUUAUUCUUGCCGGAAGGAAAUCUGGAGCAAGGUGCAAGAACAUCGUGAGCGCAUGGACUUUCCUCUUAACCUGCUCCACGGUAAGCUUGUACAGGAGGAUUCUUCCGCUGGCAUUAGAGACUACCUCCAAACACGUUUUCCCGACCUAUACAAGACCCCAGAACGAGACCAAGACGAUGAUGACUGUCCUAUCUGCAGCUGCGACCUGGACACAAUCCAGGCCAUUAUGCCUGUCACUCGUUACCUUGAGCCCGAUCGGAGUAUAGUGGUCUGGGAACUUGAGGAUCUGGCGCACCGGGCAGUUGCCCUCGAGGGACCCUUAGACACCCAAACUGGCGCUUCCAGACUGGCCACGAUCCUCCGAGAGAAGUCCAAGAAAAUCGCGACAAAUUGUUGGAAGUUUGCCCAGAGCUUCUCCGUCUGCGCCCAAAUUGCAGGUUCGACCAAGUCACUACGGUCGGCGCAGGGAUGGGGAUCACUCGUCACAUCUUUCAACACCGCCCAACUUCAAGCUCCACCGGCUCCGACAUUGCAAGGAACCAUCAAAGUUCCUCAGCAGGUCGUGUCCUGCGGAACCUGCAAGAAAGGCUUUCACAGCGAAUGCCUCGGCUCAUGGCUUGCAACUGGAGAUCCUGGUUGA